CACUCAUUUACAACUCAAAAACACCGGCUGAAUACAGCGCACCUCGGAUACGCCUUUGUUCCGCGCGUUUAUGGGUGGAUGUUAAGCCUUUUUGUCGUCUUUGAAGCACUUUUGCGGUUUUUCUCUAUGUGUGUGUGUGUGCGCGCGUGUGUGUGUGCUGCUCUGCCGUGGAAGUGAGUGAGUGAUGAGUCUCGUAGCCAGUAAAGAAGCGAGAACUUGCUCAGCAGACUGAGUAGUUCAUUUCUUUCGCUUGUUUUAAUCGGAGAAAUCAUCGUUUUUACUCGUCGACUUCGCCUGGAAAGUGGAAGAAAAGUGGUUUUCAAGUCCAAACAUGGAACUACAAGGCCUUCAAGAGGCGCUGAAAGUAGAAAUCCAAUGUCAUCAGAAGCUGGCGGUAAGAAGUUGUCCUGUGGGGACGCCAGCCAAGCCCCUCUCUCUCAUCAAGCCACCCAGCCAGAGCAUAGCCAUCUCGGUGGUGCCGGCCAAGGCUCCCGUUUCCAUGGUGACCGCACACAUUAACGGACAAAAGGCGGCGAGCUCUGAGGCGCUGCAGACGUCCCCCAUCAACCUCCAAACGGCCAACCGAGCCACAGCGGCCGGCACGCAGCCCCUCAGCCGGAGACCCGGCGAGCUGUGUCACUCACAGAUGCUGGGAACCCUCACAGCAGUCCCCAUAAAGGUGCCUCAGGUCAGCUCUCUGCAUCGGCUGGCAGGGCAUUCGCCCACUGUGCUACCUCAGGUUAGGCCAAAGACUCUGAUCCCGGACAGCCUUCCCCACAGCCCGUGCCAGGAGCAGCAGUCCGGCCAGCCGCUGAGCCUGCCCCGGGGCAUGGCCAUGGUCAGCCCAAAGAGCCAGGGCCCGGCUCUGCCCAUCGCCAACAGCACCUUCAGCCCAGAGAGAGUGGCUGGCAGCCAGGGGGACAGCUCCAUGGCCGGCGUCUCCACGGCCACGGCCAGCCCCGGGGUCGCCUACGCCAUCAUCUCCUCCGCCUCACCGGCUGGCAACGGGGUGACGGCCAUGAGCGAAGCAGUGAAAGUGCAGCCGCUGAUCUUCAGCCCCGACAGCAAGGUGAUAAUAAUCCAGCCGCAGAUCCCCAGCAGCUCUCAGGGUUCUUCAGGUCCACCGGCUGAGAUCCACACACAGGGGCCUAGUCCCGCCCCCUCCCCCGCACACAAGACCAAGAAGAAGGAGGAAGACCCAGAGAAAAUUGCCUUCAUGGUAGCCCUCGGCCUUGUCACCACAGAACACUUGGAAGAGAUCCAGACCAAAAGACAGGAGAGGAAGAGAAGAAGUACAGCUAACCCUGCAUACAGCAGCCUGUUCGAGCCAGAGCGCAAAAGACUUGCAUCAAAUUACCUGAACAACCCACUGUUCCUGUCAGCACGAGACUCUGUGGAUCUGUGUUGGAAGGAUGAGCUGGAGCAUGACGACCACUGUGCCGUGUGUAAAGAAGAUGGUGAACUUCAACAGUGCCAUACCUGCCCCCGCGCCUACCACCCCGACUGCUUACACCCUGCUCUCAAAUCCCCACCCAAGGGCAUGUGGAUGUGCCCUAAGUGCCAGAAAAAGGUUCUGAAUAAAGAGAAUCUGUCUUGGCCACAUAACUUUGUCCAGUCGUACGUCACACACAAAACAGUGAGAGAGGAGGAGAAGAGAAAACUGAUGAGGAGAAACAGUGAGCUGAAGAAAGAGUGCACCCACCUUAAAGAAGAAGAUCAGCGACUCAGCAAGUCCCUCACGUGCAUGGACCUGAAGGAGCAUCUCCUGAGCCAGCAGAGGGAGACCCAGGCUUCACUGGAGCGCCUCAGAACCCUGAUCCGCCUCAUCCAGCGCGACCACAUGAUCCAGGUCACCAUGACGGCCACCACCACCACAGGAGCCUCGCUGCUCUCCCUGCCCUGGAUCAAACCCACCAGCAGCAGCAGCAGCACCGGCAGCUCCCCCAGCACCACAGCGCCCACCGCAGGCCCUGCCGUGCUACUGCAGAAGAGCGUGGCCCAGCCACAGGCCAACAACUGACCCCAGACCACGCGGCAGACCGAGCAGGCAAAAAAAAACAAGCAGACGAAGAAAUAACGGAAGAAACAAAGAUACGAACAUUAAGACGCGACUCUGACAGCGUUUAUGACUGAGCGUUUCUUUUACCGCGUUCGGCUCUUUACGGAGUCCUCUUCCUGGAGAGUGAUAUCUAACCAUUGUGUGGGCAGCGGCGGGGCGGGCGGGGGUCGGGGGUCUUUUUUUGCAAGAGCUGUAACUUUUUUCGGAUUUAAAUGCAGAAAAAAAAGAAACUACAGUAUAUCCUUCACUCGAUUCAUGACAAGUAUUUUUUAAAACCCAACACCUACAGUGCUUACGAGAUUUUUUUGAAACUUAUCGUUUUUUAAUUUAUACGUUAUUAUUAAAUGUUCUUGGCCUUAAUGUAUUUAUGACAUUUAACAAAAAAUAACAAAAAUAACAGAAGCAGAAAACAGUGCCGUCAUGAAUAUGUGAAAUAAGUAUUCAGUACGGACGAAGCCUUUUCUUUUUAUCAUUAAGUUUUGCAUUUUUAAUAAAGGGGGAAAAACACAGGGGGAGGGAGCAGGAGGGGAAAAUUAAAUAAAUGUUCUGCUAAUAGCGAGAAACAACAUUAGAGUAGCGGUAGACGAGAAAUCAAACAAACAAUGAAGCAAACAAGCAAACAAACAAACAUAAAAGAGACAUAUGAUAAUAAACGGAGAAGACGGUACACAGCCAGAUUUAUCUGUGCGAAUAGAUAAACUGUGCAUUCUUAUUUUCCAGUGAUCAAUGAUUGCCAUAAUAAUUCAGGUGAAAGAGAGACGGGGAAAUGUUUUUUAUUAUUAUUAUAAUUUUUUUUCAUUGUGUAUGUACUUACAAGCAUACGAGCCUUCAAACAAAACAAAAAACAAAAAAUGAAUCAAAAAACGUGAAAAAAAAACAGAGAAUAACUUUUUUUUUCAGUAUUAAUAGAGUUGAGAUAAAGGAACAAAGUAUUUAAGAUGACUACGAAAUUUAGCAUUUCUAGUGGAGAAUUUAGUAUUUUCAUGCUGAUGCCUGUUCAUAAUUGUGAAUUGAAGUAUUGGAGAGAGGGAAUCGUUGUACAUAUGUUGUAUUGUUAUUUACAGGUCCUUCUAAUUUCUCUUUUGUAUUGUUACUCCGAUUCACAGCCACAUCAACGGUGUUCCGUUAUUUUUCUCCGGUUGCACUGACAACAAAAAUACGGACAAUUGGAAGGGCCAUUCCAGUUCCAGUGAGUGUGUGAACCUGUCAUCUUCAUCAUCAUCAUCAAUAUCAUCAUCAUCAUCAUCAACCUCAGACCCUUUCCUGUCUUUUUCAAUUUUUUUUUUUCACCAGUGUAUUAAAUAUGCCAAAAAAAGACCUUACCUUUUUGUACUUCACCUAGACUGUCACUGAUCUGUUCUGUCUGUAUUUAAACCUUUUUUAUUUUUAUUAUUUUUUUAUUUUUAAUUUGCUUUGAUGCUGAUUCUCAUUUGAGACAUUAAUGUACAACUUCUUAUAUCGUCACUGUCACGCAAAAGUCUUGUAUCUCCAUUUUUGGAUAUUUUUAGUUCUGGACAUCAUUUGAAUUUGGUAGCUUUUCUUUGCAAUAACUUUUUAAACUGCCUGAUCCUCAACUAAUUAUAAGUGUGAAUUUUGGUGGUGCUGCAGCUCACCAUGUUCAGAAGCCCCUCCCCUUUUAGCCUUUACAGGGAGCCCGUAGGUGAGAAUAAGCAGUGAAAAAUAGCUGGUCUAAUUAAAGGAGAACUCCGGUGUGAAAUGGACUUUGGGUGUAUUAAAACAUGAUAAAAAAUACUUACCUUUGUUGAAUAGCCCACCUCUGCUCUCCUGCAGCUUUCAGAGAUCCAGAAUUUUGUGCACAUUGCCUAAACAGGAUUUUAGAAUAAGUGAGUUCAGAUGAGCAGAUAAAAUAGCUUUUUCCACUGUUAUCCAGGCUCAAAGUAGCUCCAUACUUCAUUGGUAGAAUCCGGAGAGCCCUGACAUUUAAAACGAGGCAUUUAGAACAUUAAAACUGCACAAGAAGUUUAUUAAAAGCCACCGUUUACAUCCUACAGCAUGGGUAAAUCUCCAGGAGCCUCCAUCUUACAUUUAAAUUACAAUAAGUCAAGCGCAGAGUAGUUUUUAUCACGUUUUAAUACACCCAAAGACCAUUUCACACGGAGUUCUCCUUAAACAGACAUUAAAAAUAAAAAAAGUGUGAAAGUGAAAAUGCAAAAGAAUUAAAAAAACACUUAUAGGUGUUUACAGAAAGUUCCUAAAGGUAAAAAGGAUUGACCUUCCUUUGAACUGUCUGAUUUUCAGGAGAAGAUCAUUUUAAAACCUGCUGAUGCUGCAGCUCUCGAUGGUCUAGAAUCUGAGGGAAGCCCUCACCUCAAUCCCCAUCCUUUAAACAUAAAAGAAGUGAUGGAGAAUGCCUUACUAUUUCCACUAUUUUCACCUUUAUUUAAAAGCAUUGUCAGUUUUUCAUUAUGAAUGGACCAAUAGAAAAUGCUCCACAAAUAUCAGUGUAAAAUUGAUUUCAGUGGAAAGUUAAGAAGGAUCUUUUCUUCCUCUCUUUAUUGUAGAGUUUUUUGCAUGACAGUGACGAUAUUCUUUCAGUGCCACUAUUUGAAUUUGUGUCUUUAUUUGCUUCUGUCUCAUUUUCUUAUCUAUUCUUAUCUGCUAGACGAUACAAAUGAACACUGCCUCAAGAACAACAUUUAGACAAAUCCAGGGUUUAUUUACUAUAUCAGAACACUGGCGUGAGAGACGGAGGGAUUGGAUGGUUUUGUGGUAGUUUGUCUUCCUGAUUUGCCAAAGGGAUUUUACAGUGUGCAGUAGAGACCGAGCCAAUGAGGCAGGGCUGCUCCUCAACCCCCCACAGGGCAGGAAAAGCUGGAACGCCAGCGUCAAUUCAGACUCUUCACUAUAGACCCACGACUCCUGAUCAGGGCACAUGGCCAGCAGAUCCAAUAAGAAACCCUCAUUCAUUCUUUUCAGAAUUAAGACGAGGGCCUCUGAUCUAGCCUGGCUUUCCCAGAAGCAUCUUAGCUCAAAGGAUGAUAUUUAAAGGGUUGAGUGAGCUUCACACAGUAAACGCUCCCCUCUCUCUAUCAGUUAUGAUGAUAUUAACACUGAGAUGCUUUUGGGAAACUGGAUUUCUGAUCAAAGAGCUCUAAACAUUGAAUGUGGGAGAUGGAAGAAAGAACUAAAUGGUGGUACACUAGGGCUGCACAAUAAAAUAUACUAGUGCAUCUCAAAAAAAAAAAAGAAUAUUAUUGAAAAGUGUGAAACUCAUAUAUAGUAUUACACACAGAGUGAUCAAUUUUAAGCGUUUAUUUAUUUUAUUAUUGAUGAUUAUGGCCUACACCCAAUGAAAUCCCAAAAAUCAGUGUCUCAGAAAAUCAGAGUAUUAUAUAAGACCAAUUGGUACUUUUGGCAGUGUGGGCAGUGUGCCAAAUACUGCUGGAAAAUGAAAUCCCCACCUCCAUAAAAGUUGUCAGCAGAGGGAAGCAUGAAGUGCUGUAAGAUUUUGGACUUGAUAUAACACAGUGGACCAACACCAGCAGAUGACAUGACUCUCCAAACCAUCACUGAUUGUGGAAACUUCACACUGGACCUCAAGCAGUUGGAACUGUGUGUCUCUCCACUCUUCCUCCAGACUCUGCUCCCUUGAUUUACAAAUAAAAUGCAAAAUUUACUGAUGAUCAGGGAUGGUUUGGAGAGACAUGUCAUCUGCUGGUGUUGAUCCACUGUGUUAUAUCAAGUCCAAAGUCAGUGCAAUGUGCAAUGCAAAAUUUCGGACAACUUUUAUAGAGAUGCGGAUUUCAUUUUCCAGCAGGACAUGGCACACUGGAUUGACCACCAAUAUAUUAUGCAGCCCUACUGUAUAAGUUAAGAGUUUUCAGCCUUCCGUGAGGUGACUGAAUCUAAUAUCAUCACACUUCUGAGCUCAUAACGAUAACAAUUCAAUAUUUUCUGGUGUUGAAACAUUGUUUUCUGAGUAUCAACAUAUCAGCUUCCCUCACGUUCUGCUGCCCGGCGAGCUCCACCAUAUUCACCCAGAGACACGGAGCCGAUCCUGCCCGGCCGCAGUUAGAGAGCAAGCAGUUCACUAAGCAUAUCGAGCAUAUUACCCACUUCUGUACACAGCCUGACCCUCCCUCCGGGAGUCUGUCAGGAGGAGGAGCAUGCAGAGGCUGUGGGAUAGGAGUCCAGAUCAGAAAUGGAAGAUUAGAAUCAAACCCCCUGCUGGACAAACAGGAAGCAGUUAAUGUUCUGAAUCAUUUUUAAAAAGGGGUGGGAACCAUAUCAGCGAGUGUGUGCCCUUCACCCAUCAUUUCUCCAGCCCCGCCCCUCCCAAACUACACACUACUCCCAUCCACCCACCCAACCAACCACUCUGAGGCAUGUCCCCGCCUCCUCCUCCUCCUCCACCACCUCCACCUUUUUCACCACCACAGUCAAACCCUCCUCCAUAUUCUAGAAUCUUCUCCGGGACAAACUGUGCCGUGCUUAUACAGAUCUAUUUUAAUACACUCGACACUACGUUGAACAAGAUGAAGAAAAAAAAACAAAUAAAACUUUUUAUAUUCUUUUAUCAAUGAACGUGAGAACGAAAAGGGAGACGAAUAAAAAAAAAAAGAUUUUUUAUUGUUUGCCAAUUAUGCAUUAUUAGCUUGCGACAUAUAACGUGUCCUUUUGCUGUGAGGAGAAGAAAGAAAGGAAGAAAAGCAGCAGAAAUGGAUGGAAAGAAGAAAUGGAGAGAGAAAGAGGGAGAGAAAAAGGGAGAAAGCCUUGAGGCGAGUUUUAGGUGGAUCUUUUGGUGGUCUUUGGACUGUUGAAGUAGUGGAUCUUUUUUUUUUUGUUGUCAUUUUGAAAGGGGGCUGUCCAGUGGAUAGUAUGUAUAGGAAAGUGUUUGUCUUACAUAUGCCAAUGUAGUUUUUUUCUUCUUUAUGAUGCAUUCAAAGUGGAUUGAUGGAAGUUGGUAAAUGGUAAAGAGUAGUCUCACUUUUUUGUACUAAGUUCUUUUUGAAAACUGAAUCAAUAAUAAACAAGAUAAAACAUUGAGAAAA